GCCGCUAGAGCUGGCUAAAGUGGUUGCGGCUUGGAUCCGGCGCGUGGCGAUGACGUUGCCAGAAGCCAGGAUCAUAGAGACGCUCGGCCUCCGCCGCACGCGCUGGCGGACUAGAAGUGGCUGGCGAAGCGAGCGGCCGGCGCGGGCCCCUGGCGGGCGGGCGGUACAGCCCCAAGCCUGAGACCCGGACCUGAGCAACGCAGGUUCGAGUCCCGCCCCGCCUGGGGCGAAGCCGGGGGUGGCGGCGACCUCGCGGCGUUGCACCGGCUCUCUGAGCACCUUCCCUCUGAGAACUUCCCUUGUGACGGGCCCAGGACGAGGUGGCCGGGCAGCCCCGAUGGCGCCCCUGGUCUAGGCGGAGAACCGCCUAGGCGAUGAGUGAGAACCUCGACAACGAGGGCCCUAAGCCCAUGGAGAGCUGUGGCCAGGAGAGCAGCAGCGCCCUGAGCUGCCCUACAGUCUGGGUGCCCCCUGCAGCCCCGGCAGCCCUGGAGGAGGUGGAGAAAGAGGGCGCUGGGGCGGCUACAGGGCCGGGGCCUCAGCCCGGGCUCUACAGCUACAUCAGGGAUGACUUGUUUACCUCUGAGAUCUUCAAACUGGAGCUGCAGAACGUGCCUCGCCACGCCAGCUUCAGCGACGUCCGGCGCUUCCUGGGCCGCUUUGGUCUGCAGCCCCACAAAACCAAACUCUUUGGGCAACCACCCUGCGCCUUUGUGACAUUCCGCAGCGCUGCAGAGAGGGACAAGGCCCUGCGCGUUUUGCAUGGUGCCCUCUGGAAAGGCCGCCCACUCAGUGUGCGCCUGGCCCGGCCCAAGGCCGACCCCAUGGCUAGGAGGAGGCGACAGGAGGGUGAGAGUGAGCCACCAGUAACACGAGUGGCCGACGUGGUGACCCCUCUAUGGACAGUGCCCUAUGCUGAGCAGCUUGAGCGGAAGCAGCUGGAGUGCGAGCAGGUGCUGCAGAAACUUGCCAAGGAAAUCGGGAGCACCAACCGUGCCUUGCUGCCCUGGCUGCUCGAGCAGAGGCACAAGCACAACAAGGCCUGCUGCCCGCUGGAGGGGGUCAGGCCAUCACCCCAGCAGACUGAGUAUCGUAAUAAGUGUGAGUUUCUGGUUGGCGUCGGGGUGGAUGGGGAGGAUAACACCGUGGGCUGUCGGCUCGGCAAGUACAAGGGCGGGACGUGUGCUGUGGCAGCCCCGUUUGACACCGUGCACAUCCCCGAAGCCACCAAGCAGGUGGUGAAGGCCUUCCAGGAGUUCAUCCGGUCCACUCCAUACUCGGCAUACGACCCAGAGACAUACACAGGCCACUGGAAGCAGCUGACUGUGCGCACCAGCCGCCGCCGCCAGGCCAUGGCCAUUGCCUACUUCCACCCCCAGAAGCUGGGCCCUGAGGAACUGGCAGAGCUGAAGGCCUCCCUAGCGCAGCACUUCACAGCAGGGCCAGGCAGGGCCAGUGGAGUGACCUGCCUCUACUUCGUGGAGGAGGGACAGCGAAAGACUCCUAGCCAGGAGGGCCUGCCCCUGGAGCAUGUGGCUGGGGACCGGUGCAUCCAUGAGGACCUGCUAGGGCUGACAUUCCGGAUCUCUCCGCACGCCUUCUUCCAGGUGAACACACCUGCAGCCGAGGUGCUCUACACAGUCAUCCAGGACUGGGCCCAGCUGGAUGCAGGGAGCACGGUGCUGGACGUGUGCUGUGGCACUGGCACCAUUGGCCUGGCCCUGGCCCGGAAGGUAAAGAGGGUCAUUGGGGUCGAGUUAUGCCCAGAGGCCGUGGAGGACGCCCGGGUGAACGCCCAGGACAAUGAGUUGAGUAAUGUGGAGUUCCACUGUGGGAGGGCCGAGGACCUGGUGCCCACCCUGGUGAGCAGACUGGCCUCCCAACACCUCGUGGCCAUCCUGGACCCACCCCGUGCUGGCUUGCAUUCCAAGGUGAUCCUGGCCAUCCGCAGAGCUGAGAACCUCAGGCGGCUGCUGUACGUCUCAUGCAACCCCCGGGCAGCCAUGGGCAACUUUGUGGACCUCUGCAGAGCCCCAUCUAACCGGGUGAAGGGCAUUCCCUUCCGGCCGGUCAAGGCUGUGGCAGUGGACCUGUUCCCGCAGACCCCUCACUGUGAGAUGCUCAUCCUGUUCGAGAGGGUGGAGCACCCUGAUGGCACAGGGGUCUUGGGGCCCCACAGCCCUCCAGCUCAACCCACACCAGGACCCCCAGAUGACACCCAAGAAACUGGGGCCUUCCCCUCAUCCUAGGCCCAGGACCCAUCAUGGGGACAGGAGCUGAAGGGCUCCCAGGGCCCCAGGGGCGGGGAAGGCAUGGCUUGCUGGCCAGGAUAUUCAGAAGUAGGCAGCCAAAGGGCACAGACCAGAAUUGGCCUGCUGCUAGGGGCCAGGGGCCCUGACCAGGAAAGCAGGUGGGCUCCUGCAGCCUGUUCCCCAUCCCCAGGGCCUUUGUGGACUAGCCAAGGCCGUGAGGGCCAGAAUAAACAACUGCUCGACAAAGGGUGUUUCUGUGAUGAGAACCAGGGUCUGAACACAGGGCCGGGGUGCCAGGGAAAGGGCCAGACUAGGCCUAGGCAGCUCUGCAAGCCUCUCUGCAUGGCUGGGGGAGUCAGGGCAGAGCUUACUUUAAAAAAGAAUGUUGGAUUUGAUACUUAAACUUGAGGAGAGGCAAAGACAAGUCUGGGAACUGCACCAGCUGGGGGGGGGAAUGGGGUGAACACUGGGCAGAGUUGGCCCCUCCGUGGCCAGCCUGGCUCUCAGCCCGGCAGAGAGGGCAUCAACCAAGGAAGGGGCCAUGCUGGGGUGCUGCUCAGCUGUUACAAAGGCAGGGUCCAGCCUGCAGGGAGGCUUCGGGAGGAGAUCUGGCCAGUCAAGGGUCCACAGGGUGCCAGCCUCUCACCCUCAGAAUAAAGACAUCAGCCAUUCCCUU